ACCGCGACUCAUAGCCCUACUCAUCAGCCUUUUUCCUCUGCUUUGUUAUACCAUUCUUAGUCAUAGUCAUAGAGACUGCAACCACAGCAGCUUAGCCUUUCUUUCUCUCUUUCGAAGCCUAAAUUUCAAACCACAAACACAAACCCCCCCCAUAUCCCCAAAACCUGCCUUUGCCUACUCAGAAGAAGCGAGUGAGUGAGUGAGUGGUUGGUAACAUUAGCAUAUCCUCCAGACUCUCACGCACAACACAACGAUGGAUAGGUAUCAGAGGGUAGAGAAGCCCAAGGCUGAGAGUCCUAUAAACGAGAACGAGAUACGCAUUACUACUCAAGGAAGGAUGAGGAAUUAUAUCACCUACGCCACCACUCUCCUUCAGGAGAAAGGAUCUGAUGAAAUUGUUCUCAAAGCAAUGGGACGUGCAAUAAAUAAGACUGUAAUGAUUGCUGAGCUGAUCAAGAGAAGAAUUGUUGGUCUGCAUCAAAACACACUAAUUGGAUCAACUGAUAUAACUGACACAUGGGAACCACUAGAAGAGGGCCUUCUUCCUUUGGAGACUACUCGCCAUGUUUCAAUGAUCACCAUCACCUUGUCAAAGAAAGAACUGGAUACUUCCUCCACAGGAUACCAACCUCCGCUACCAGCUGAUCAAGUAAAGCCUUUGAAUGAAUAUGAAGAGGAAGGAGAAGGCUCACCAAGGAUGCGAGGAAGAGGACGUGGUCGUGGAAGGGGCAGGGGUAGAGGAAUUUACAAUGGGGGUAUGGAUUAUGGUGAUGGCUGGGAUGGUGGACGUGGCUAUGGUGGCAGAGGGCGUGGCCGUGCAAGGGGGCGUGGUUUACGGGGACGAGGACGAGGCUAUGGUCCCCAGCCGGUUGGGUACUAUGACUAUGGUGAAUAUGAUGUACCACCUGCCCCACGUGGCCGUGGACGUGGAAGGGGAAGAGGCCGUGGACGUGGUCGUGGCCGGGGAGCGGUGGCUUGAAUCGAGUAGGUGUUGGUUAUCAUGUAUAUUUUAAGUUAGAAGAUGGUUGCCUCUCUGUUUAGUUCUUUGUGAGAUUUGCUUAUAUGUUGGUAUUAUUUGAAGCGUUCAGUGUUGCAACCGUCUUCCUGCAGUUUUGUUUUUGUAGCUCUUUUCCUUUGUAACCUCUAUAAUUUUGCUAAGUUCAGUAGGUUGAGUUAGAUAUAUUUCCUUUGUUUAAAGACUUCCAUAAAAUUGAAAUUGUAAAAUUUUUUACUAGGAAUUAUUGCAGUAAGUGUUUUUUUUUUUGUUUUUUUUUUUAUUAUUAUUAUCAUAGUUUGAACUUUGAAGUGGAUGUUUCAUUUCUAUAUUGUAUACUAAAAAUU